UUCCGGGAGCGUUGCAGCCUCCGAAGUCUAACUUACAGCAAAAACAAGCCGUGGAGCCAGACAUGCAGCAGCGGAGUUGAACCUGCACACUUUCUGACUGCAAAGUGGCCUCUUUUGCCCAGUUUCUCUCCGUAGUGGAAUAACGACACGGAGUCGAGCCGGUACAAGCCACGGAAUUGUUGUUUUAGCCGCUAGUUGCUAACACCAGCGGAGCAGCACCGAAACAAACAAAACUGGAGGCGAUGUCGCUGGUGGACCUCGGCAAGCGUCUGCUGGAAGCAGCACGCAAAGGUCAAGACGAUGAGGUCAGGAACCUGAUGGCGAAUGGAGCCCCCUUCACCACAGACUGGUUGGGCACGUCUCCGCUCCACCUGGCGGCGCAGCACGGCCACUACUCCACCGCAGACGUCCUGCUCCGAGCCGGUGUCAGCAGAGACGCGCGCACGAAAGUGGACCGGACGCCGCUGCACAUGGCCGCGGCUGAAGGCCACACAGUCAUCGUGGAGAUGCUCGUCCGGAACGGAGCCGACAUCAACGCCAAAGACAUGCUGAAAAUGACGGCGCUGCAUUGGGCGGCACAACACGGUCACCACGGCGUGGUGGAGACGCUCAUCAAGCACGGCGCUGACGUGCAUGCACUCAGCAAGUUCGACAAGACGGCGUUCGACAUCGCAGUGGACAUUCAGAACACAGAGCUGAUGUUGCUGCUCCAGGAGGGGAUGCAGAACCAGGUGAACAUGAACCAGGUGAGUGUCAACGUGGACUCCAGCAACAGUCAGCCGCAGUUCAUCAUCCAGGGGCUUCCAGCUAUCCAGGGCGGUGUGGUCAACCUGGCUGACCUGCUGUCUAAGAGCAACUCAGGAGAGUCGGAAGAGGCCAUGGCUGCCAGCGCCCUGGACUCCAACAUUCAACACGCCGCUGUGGUCAACGAAGGGGGUCAGAGGGUCAUUACUAUUGUCACUGACCAGCACGGCAACCUGCAGACCACUGGGGGCAUGACUCAGCCCUUUUUUGUGACCAUGCAGCACGGACAGCAAAUGCUAGCAGUACCAGCUAACACAGUGACGGAGGAAGUGGUGACCGAGGACGCGCCGCCCUCCAGAAAACGGAAACUGGAAGCGACAAACAAUCACAGCGAAGCCGGAGAGACGGAGCUGCUGCAGCGCCAGCUACAGGAGGCCAACAGGAAAGCACAGGAGUACCGCCAGCAGCUGCUGAGGAAGGAGCAGGAGGCGGAGCAGUACCGGAUGAAACUGGAGGCCAUGAGCCAGAGUCGGGUCAAGAACGGCACCUCGGCCGUCAGCCCCGAGGAGGUGGUGGGCGGGGAGGAAGAGGAGGAGGAGGAGGAGGAGAGCGGGCAGGUGGAGGACGGGGAAAUGGUGGUCCUGCAGGAGGGGGGCAUCAUCAUGGAGGGGGAGGAGGGCCAGGUGACUCUGGUGGAGGCGGGCUCAGAGACGGCACAGGUCACCUCCUAACACAGAGAGGUGGCGCCGUGACCCACUGCGGUCAGCAGGGGGCGCUGGACUUCCCUUCACAUUAACUCUUUUUUUAUUGUGUCUGCGACAAGCAUCCGAAUAAACUGGGAAACGUCUCCAGCUGGAUUGUUUGUGACCAUGUGUGAACACGUGAGCUCAAGUCACAUUCCAAACUACUGUCCUCUUCCAUCAGCUCCCCUCUGCGAACAUCCUGGCGUCUGUUACGUUGCGCACCGCUUCCUUCCCCCGAGCUCUUAUUUCCUCUUUUACUUUCUGAAAAGUACUUUGUUUUUUUAAUGGAAUGCAUGUGACGUCCUUUAAUUUUGACGCUCUCUCCCUCUCAUCUGGUCCGAUGGUUUUGCCACCUGUCCAACACUACAGCAAUAUCUCUCUGCCUCGUGUUCUGCCCAGUACUCUGGUGUGUCAUGUGAUCUGGAGCGCCACGUGGGGAGUGUGGAAGCUUGAGUUUUAACUUCGCAGUAACGACGGAAUCUUGUGUACGUUUUCAUAAGCAAAAUGUGUAAAUAAACUAAGUGACUUCUUUCGUACGGCUGUGCUUCUGUUUGGGUUUGGUUCCUUCUCUCAGUGAGCCAGUCGCAGAAGGUUCGGGCCGGGCGGGAUUUGAACCGAGGACUUCGUAAAGAC